AUGCUCAAAGCCUUAUCGAGGCCACGUUUGAGGCCUCACCCGAGAAGUUUGAUUGUUGCGAAGCGUUCCGUGCAUGCUCCAGUACCUUUCAAGUGGGAAGACCCACUUGAUAUUGCUUCGCUCUUCACAGAGGAUGAAGUCGCAAUUCAAGAGACUGCCAAAUCCUAUUGUCAGGAUCGUCUCCUCCCUCGUGUGCUAGACGCAUAUAGGAGCGAGCAUUAUGACCGAAACAUUCUCAAGGAAAUGGGUGAAGUGGGCCUACUCGGUGCAACUAUAAAGGGCCAUGGGUGUGCAGGAACUAGCAGCGUUGCGUCCGGGUUGAUCACUCGCGAAGUUGAGCGCGUAGACUCAGGCUAUCGCUCUGGUAUGUCUGUUCAGUCUUCUCUCGUUAUGGGUGGAAUCGAUGAGUUCGGUACCGAAGAACAGAAAGAGAGAUACCUACCAGAGAUGGCAAAGGGGAACCUCGUGGGCUGUUUUGGCCUUACUGAACCGAAUCAUGGUUCUGACCCCGGCAGCAUGGAGAGCGUGGCCAAAUCGCAUCCUACCAAAAAGGGAUAUUACCUGCUAAGUGGGUCGAAGACAUGGAUUACGAACAGCCCUAUUGCAGACGUCAUGCUAGUUUGGGCAAAAGUGCAGGACACUGGCAAAAUCAGGGGAUUCUUGGUAGAUCGGAAGAGUUGCCCUCCUGGCACCUUGGAAACGCCUCCCUUGAAAAACAAAAAUGGUCUCAGAGCUAGUCUCACAGGAAUGAUACUGAUGGACGACUGCCCAGUGCCUAAGGAGAACAUGUUUCCAACUGUUGAAGGUCUCAAAGGACCAUUCAGCUGCCUCAACUCUGCAAGAUAUGGUAUUGCUUGGGGUGUGAUGGGAGCACUGGAGGAUUGCAUUGGGAGAGCCCGAACCUAUGCUCUAGAAAGAAGGCAAUUUAAGAAUAAUCCAAUCGCAAAAUAUCAAUUGGUCCAGAAGAAGCUCAGCGACGCUGUCACGGAUGCAUCCUAUGGGGUCCUAGCGGCCGCUCAAGUUGGAAGGUUAAAAGACCAGGGUCGCCUAGCACCGGAAAUGAUAAGCAUGACGAAGAGACACAAUUGUGACAAGGCACUUGUCAAUGCGAGAGUACUUCAAGAAGUUUUCGGGGGCAAUGCCGUUAGUGACGAAUAUCACAUAGGUAGGCAUGUGGCCAAUCUCUUCGUAACACAAACGUAUGAGGGACAAUCUGACAUUCAUUCGCUCAUUCUUGGACGAGCUAUCACCGGCAUUCAAGCUUUCGCUUGA